AUAGAGCACAAGUUACCUCCUGGUCAAAACCCAGAUGAGUGGACGAUUAGAGAAAAGUUAACAUUAGCUUCUUCAGUGGUUCGAAGUGGUGAUCAAAAUUGGUAAAAACAAAUAAGUUUAGAUAUCUAUCUAUGUUGUUUAUUUUGAUUUUUAAAUUGCUCAACUUACUAUUAGAAAGCAAAUCUAUCUAUUCGAAACCUACUGUAUUUGUUCGAGGGUUAAGGAAUGCUUUCAUACCUGGUUUAGUGUUUUAUACGAAACUGAAAUUAAACAACAAAAGGGUUAAAUAUUCAGGUUACAGUAUGGAAGGCAAAGCCGUUGGUCGAAUUUGUGUGUCGUUAAAGCAGGCUGGCCUGGUCUGCAAGGUUUGUUUUUCUUGAUUCACUCUGUAGCUUCCAUUACUUAUCUAAAAAAGGGUUCAUGCUGUACACAUGCAUUUAAUAAAGGUAAUACAUGUAAUGUACAUUUUUCUAUGGAACGCUAAGCGUUGCAAAAAUGCUCAAAUAUACACAUUAUAGAGGUUUAAUCAUUUAAUAUGUGCUGCACUUUGUUACUAUUGGGUUUAUUAAAGCAUAAGUGGGGUAAGUUUAUUGCAUUUGAUUACUUUCAACUCAAUGUUGUGUUUUUCGAUGAGCCUGUGAGAUAACACUUGGAUUUCUAUCAAUAUAUAUAAAGGCCAUAUCCAUGAUAAUCAAUGAUUAUUCAAACAUGCCAUCAUUUCCACACGGGAUAGCCUACUACGCAGGUGUUCUUAGGGGUUCUUCGCGUGUUUCUGCCCCACAAAUGUCUGCUGAAACAAGUGUUUAAAUUCCUUUCCCAUUGUUCGCAAAUAUCAGCUGGAGCUCACGUGCAGAUUAUAGGAGAACCAAUCGGUGCUGUUGAAGUCAAAAUGUUGACAAGCCAAACACAAUGUGCAAGCUCUGUAGCGUGUGACAUGUGACCAAAGAGUUUUGCCCCUUACAAGAAUGUAGAAUAUGGAGGUUCGCUUUUUGCAUAUUUGUCUCUGUAAUGCUGAAUUAGAUGCCAGUUGCUCACAAAGGUUUUCUUUUGGUGAGGUAGCGAUGGGAUGGUAUGUUGUAACUGAACAAAAGGCAGAAUUUUGUUUUUUCGCAGUUUAUUGUUUUAUAGUAAAGUAAAAGUUGACUUCCACUCAGCAAAUUUAACCUGUGAGAUAAUUUUUUUCAAUGGGAUUGAGGGUAGCCUCUAGUUCAAAGGCAUGUGAGUAGUUUGUUCUAAAAAGUGUAAGGUCUUCACCUUUCACGAGACCUUUCGGAUCUUUUUUGGAGUCUCGCAUGAAAUUUCUCAAGGUCCAAAGUGCACUUUCCAGAUUUGUAAGUGUGCUUUGAUUGGUGGACAUUUUUUCUGCUCAUUUUAGCAGACGCUUGUUGGGGAGGAUUGCGUAAUGAGCCAAAAGAAUGUCUGAGGGGGAGGCUACUUGUGGGACAGCUUCAUUACAAUCAAACUGUCCUAAUCAGGACAGGUCACAAGUAACAUGUUCAUUUCCUUCUAGGGUGUCUGUCAGUCGUACUAUUAAACCAAUACUUGAGACAGGAUGUUGUGCGAAACAAAGACCACCUGACUUUUUUUCGCAGAAGGUAAUGUUAUUUUGUGUUUUGUGUCACAGGUAUAAUUUGAAUCAUCUUUUUCUGAAAAACCCUUUUUUAUGAGUUAUUUGUGUUUUAUCCUGGUUUUAUAGAGUGCAAGAGCACCAUGUAAGUAUAUUCUCUGACACAAAAGUUCAAUAAUAUCAAAAGGGUGGCUGGAAUGAAGCCCCAACUCACUUCUGAUAGACUUUUAGUUGUUGGUGGAAGCAAGGCUGUGAUGACCUUGUUUUGAAACAACCUUUCCUUCUCUGUUUACCUGGAUAUUUUUUAUACUAUAUAAUUUCUCCUUAUGUUUAGAAAUAGAAUUUAAUUUAAUUUUUUUAUUUUAAUUCUACAGAACUGUGCAUCUCAUUACUCUGAAAUGCUUGAAAAAGUGAACACGCCAAAGUAUGUGCUGAUGACUGAUUAAAUUGGCCAUAUUAAUCUGAUAAAAUACUUGUUAGAUUUAAAGGUUGGAGGUUCAUUGUUGUGAUUUGCAAUUUAUCAAUAACUACCUUACUUGUCAAUUUGAUUAUUUCUCUAUUAAUCAACUCUCUCACCCUACAGUGCUUUUAGUUUCAGUACAUUAACCUGCAUAUUCUCUUUCACUAUUCUCCAUCAAGGCUGUGCUCUAAGGAAAAUUGAAGGGAGCCCAGUGCUCUGAAAAUGUAAAAUCUAGGGUACCCAACAUAUUAUUUGUAUGAAAAAUAUAAGAUUUUCUAGUCGCCCAAGAGCAAAAGUUAGGCACCAGGGGCCACUGGGCUCUACUAGAGCACAGCCCUGUCCAUCAUACAUUUCUUGUUGCAGUAUUAAAAAUAAAGUCAUUUUGUUACGACAAUUAUAUUUGAGAAUACAAAUGAAAAAAUCCUUUUGUUAAUUGUAGGAGAAAAAGGACUACUGAAGGAGGUGGAACAGGUAAGGAGUUGACUACUGCUAUCAAGGACACUGACUUUGUGGCUUCACCAGUUAACCCAGAGUGGAAUUGUCAAAUAGAAAGAAAAUAGAGCAAAAAUAGUAUUUCAUGCAACUGUCUACAUCACUUGAACUUUAGAAAGACCACAAACACAACGGCUUGGCACAAGUCCCUUGAACUCAGGUUGCCGAAUUGACAACUUUCACUCCAAUUUUGUCACCAAUAAUGAUUUUUUCUGCUCCCCAUUUUGACCAAAAUGGUUGCAGCUUAGAGCACUAUGUUAGCAGGGGUUCAAUUGUACAGAUAUAUUAUUCAUUUAGAACUACAUCAGGAAGCAGCAAACCACAAUGUUCAUUGUUAUCUCUAAUUUGAAAAGCAGAAUUUUCUUAUACUGUAUUACCAAAAAUGUAUUUACUUGCUCUGGGAAAGACAUUUAGUAUACAAAUUUCAAGACUCAGAGCAAAAUUUUAGACAAAUGUGAACAUUUUGUUUGAAUUGUGUGAACUUCAUUACUGAUAGGAAAUGACAAGUUGCUUAAAAGGAUUGAUGCUUUUUGAUCUGGGUAUAUUACAAAGAGACCUGGCAGUCAAAGAACACCAAUCCCGUGAAACGUGUGCUGUUUUCAAGCACUGCCGGUUAAGAGGUCACAACUUCAACGCACACAAUGUAAAAGGACUAUCCAAGGAAAAAUAAUAACAAUAUCAAGCACUGUGUGGGGAAGGCCAUUGCUAUCAAACAAAGAAAACCUUCUCUGAAUAAGGACAAUGGAUCUCCCAGCCAUUUGCAAAUCCUCUCCUAGGAUUAUGUAACAACCUUGCUGUUACGUAACCUGUCAUGUCACAUCACAGAUGAAUUUGGAGGGAUUCAAACAAAAUGCUCGAUUUUGUCUCAAAUUUUGCUCUGUGUCUUAAAAUUUGUGUACUAAACAUAUCUUGUAUGUUGGUCUUUAAAGUCACAAGCUGAGGAUUGCUUAACUACUGUAACUGGAAAGCAACUAUGUAUUUUUUUUAAAACUUUAUUUAACAUAGAAACACCAGGGGAUCAAAUUGUAAGAAAAUUGACCUUUGAGAGAAUCGAGGAAUUGAAGAAAUCCAUUCGCAAUGAUCAACUAACCUACAAGUAAGAUAUUUAAUUACAUUAUAUUUCUUUACUUAUGGUAUGUUUAUUUACCAGGUUUGCAAAAGAAAACUUAAAUACCGUAAUACAGACUAAGAGGCUUAAUUUCAUUUUGCAUUUUAUUUAAAAUUUUAUGGUCUAUGAGAUACAACCCUUUUUCUCCUAACAGGGGACAAAGUUGUGAAAGUGAAAGUAGAAUGCAAAAGUUUUACCAAAGAGGUUUCAUUUAAAUGGUAAAACCAUUUGCAUGAUAUCAUUCAGGGAGAGAAAAGUUAGCACAUGCUGACAAAUCAUCUCCCCAAGGUUAAGUGUAAGGGAGAUUUGACAGACAAUAGAUAUGAUUGUUUUGUGCAGAUUAUGCCAUGCUCAUGUGCGUAUCAAACUAAUCAUAGUAGAAUUAUGUGAAUUAUAUAAAACUGUUUAAUGACAAAAUUAAUUUUAUGUUAUGUCUUCCUGUAGGAAAUUGAAAGACAGAAUAGAGGAUAUCAGAGGUGGAAAGCUUGAUCAUCAACUGCCAGCCUUGUGGGAUGAAAUUAAACUGUGAGUAAUAGUCUUAGAUGGCUCAUAUAAGUUAUAGUUGAAUAGAAGAUCAUAUAUCCAGAAUGAUUACUAUAAACUUACAAUAAUAUGCUGUUUAAUUUUAUUUUAAUGAUAAGUCAAGCAUACACUGUAGAUCCAAUCCAGUUUCUACUGUUUACAGAAAAUGGUCCUAUGCGUGAGAAUAUAUUAUUACGAAAUGGCCCAUUGCUCUCUGGCGACACAUGAAACAGUCUUCCUUUACAGUGUAUAAGUAUGCUCUAUCAUGAGUCCUACCAUCGGAAGACGGUCAUUCUUUUUUCUUGGACCAAUAGCUGUAUGUUAAUUUAAUAUUGUAGUUACAUAUAUACCUUCGGUUGAAAUAUUGAGGGAAACUCCUACAAAGUCAUUUCUUAGCUUAACCAGCUUAAAGAUCGUCGAAUAUGUAGAUUCUUAAAGGGGUUAUAUAUGAAUUUAACUGGCCUUGAAAGUUUUGCCUUUUGAAAUAUUCAAGAAGCACACAUUUUUUAAGAUAAUGGCCUGGGUUUGUAUCCUCAAAGAAACUUGUGAUAGACAUCAAUAAUGAUCUUAGUAAAUUCAUAGCCAUUUCACAAAUACAGUGGAAUCCAUAUUUUCAAGCCUGUUAGGGAAAAGAAAUGUGGUUUAACUUUUCUGGAGGUUAAAAAGUUUGUGGAGCGAUCACAGUCCCCUAUUUUUCCGUGAGAUCCUCAAGAUCGAGCACCUGUUACCAUUAAUGGCAGCCAUCUUGAUUUCAAAUGUACCUUGGGAAGAGUAUCAAAUCUACUUAGGGGGCGGGAGACAGUUUGGGAGAAGGUUGCCCCCAUUCCCCUAGAGCUAUAAUCCCAGACGCCCGCCUGCUCGGUACAUUUGAAAAUCAAGGUGGCCGCCAUUAACAGUAAGAUGCGCUCGAUCUCUACGAUCUCAUGGAAAAAUAGAGGGCUGUGAACAGUCUAAAAAAUUGGGGGCUAGUCGCAGUGUUUGACUGAUAGAGGGAAUUCAGUUUGUAAAGUUCAAAAAACUAAGUGUUUACAAAACUAUGGGUCUUAGAUAUUGGUGAGCUGUCAUCAUCUUUACCUUAAAAUUUUAUACUGUGCAUAAUGCUUUAUUUGGAUGACAACAUUUCUCUCUAAACAGAUUGGUUGCAUGGGUGAUUCGUAAUUUUGUAUUUUUCCGUGUAAAGAUUUUUUAUUGAAAGGUACAUUUAUGAUAAGAAAGCUUGACAAAAUAUCUUCAGUUAGAUGCAAACUUCCUGACCUGUACUCAACUGGCAUUAAAAGACAGCAAAUCAAUGCCAUCACCUGAUGAAGAUCCGCAAUAACUGAUCGAAAGAUACCUGCAAUAACUGAACAAGUCACCAGGGCUGUCAUUAAUUUUUAAAGCAGUUUUAGCAAAUAAAGAUUCACCCGUAACAUCUCCCCAAAACCUUAUAGUGCCGCCUUGAGCUUCCCCCUUUGAUCGCCCACAAAAUCAAGUGAGCUCAGCUGUAACAGGUGUUAUGGGUUAUGGCCCUUUAUGACAGCUCUGGUCACUUUCCUGAGACAAAUAAGAAACAACGCCCAUCAACUCCCACUUGUUUCACUCUGCUUUCAGGAGGAAAAAGAUGAGGCCACCACCCAUACCCCAUCAAGAUGGGGAUGGGCCUGCUCCUGUUACCCCCACCACACCCACUACUCCAAUCACCCCUACUACGCAUGGAGGACAAUCUGUGAUGCAACAAGGUAAUGUUGCUGUUGCUUGUUUGUAGUAAAAGGAAGGUUUGUUACCCCAAGUAGCAAACAGCUGAAAGAAAAUAUUGUUCCACUCCUUUAUGGUUGAUUCACAAAAACCAAGUUGAGGUUAUCACAUAGAUAAAAUUUUGUACCCAUGAUAACUUAACUAUGACUUUCUUUUCAAGAGUCUUCAUGGGUAGAGAAAAACACUAUUAUGUGUUACAUGAUUUCAUUCCCAACCAUUCACAAAUUCUACAUUUUUUCCUUUGCCCAAACAGAAAGACAGCUGUUGUAAGUAGAUUUAAAACUGAUGAUUAUUUUGUAGUAAAAUAAACCAAGAAUAUUUUGAUACCUUAAGGCUACAUGAAUUUUGAGAAGCUGGCAAGUCAAUAGGUUUAUUGAAUAGAACGUAAAAUAAUUAUUAUUAAUGUAUUAUUGCUAAUUUUAGGUGCACCUAAACCUCCUGGAAGCCAACAAAUGACCUCUCCCCAGAAGGGAAAGCAGCUGCGAGUUCCAAAACCAACAGCAAAGUAUGAUAAUAAAUUAACAAUAACAUUGAAAUUAGUAUUGUAAUAAAUUAUUACUAGAUACAGUGAAACCUGCAUGCGCAAUUACCUAUCCGAAAUAUCAAAAUCACUUUAUCCAGUAAGCUGUAUUUUAAGUGACUCCCAAAUCUUGUAUUUUGGGUGGCAUAUCAUGAGAGCUUACAUGGGUUUUCAUGUUAGCUUCAUUGCAUCUGUUGUUGGAAGAAGGCUGAUUACUACGACUGUAGGGAUAAGAGUGUGAUGGAGUCUUGUAAGAUGGUUUAUUGUGACCAUUCAAAGGAAACUCUUCAGAAGUAAUAUCUUGAAUCUUGAAUUUUGACUUUGGCCAACUCCAGAGUGAAAAGGUUAACGAAAUAGAGGAUAUUACAUGGCCGCGCAGAGAUACAAAAUUUCUCCACAAGUGAGCACAGCGAACGAGUGAAAUAUUUUUUCAACACAAGAAGAGAAAUUUCGUAUCUCCAAGUGGCCAUGUAAUGUUCUAUUUAUUAUAUAAACACCAAUGAAAUACCAAACCAUUUCACUUUAAUAGUUUUUUGGUGUGAAAGGCGCGAUUUAUUAUGUAGCCAUAGAAAAGGUGAUAUUUUCACAUGUGAAGAUAACAUGUUAUUUUCACAUGUGAAGAUAUCAAGUUUUCGCGUGAAAGCUCACCUGGUAUUUCAUUGGUGUUUAUAUAAUAAAGGGAUUUUUAAAACCUUAAUCUCCACAUUGGCCCAUUAAGGCUAAUAUAGGCACACUUUGUAUGGGUAGAGCAGAAUGUCUGACCUAAAAAUCUAGAUAAUGAUUAAUUUUUUAAUGCAGGUUUCAGAAAUAUCAACAGCAGCUCCAACAGAAACAUGGCCACUCUUCUCAGUCCUCCCCCUUGAAUCAGACAGCAGAGGGACUGGCCUCUACCUCUGAACUAUCCCCUGGAGAUGGCAGACGCUUUUCCUUGGGACAUGCUGGAGUGCCAGUCGGGGGAGUAGGGCAGGCAGGAACGUUUUCAGGAGGGGCUCAGGUGAAUUUAUUUUUCAGCUGUGUUAUUCAAGUUAUUCCUUGUCCACACAUGGGUACUGUUGCCAAGUGGGACUGUGGAGUCAUCUGAUGACUUGGUUUUUUAUAUGAAGUAUCAUACAUUUUGUAUCCUCUAGAAAAUUGUGUGACAAAGUUUUAAGUGACAGGAACGUAGGAUAGAUAAAUGCAAUUGUUGAAAACAGGGAUCUUGAUUGUAGUAUCCAAGAAAGUGUAGUUAAAGUAAUGUUGAUUAGCUUGCUUUCUAUAAUGUAAACAGAGCUGUGAAUUAAGACAGUAAAAAUUUAAGAUGUGCAUCUUGCUUAAUGCAGUCCUGUGAUCUUAAAGGGAAUGUUCUGUAAAAUUUUAACAAAUUAAGAGUAAAACAGCCUUCAGAGCUUGACUCUUGAGUGUUGAAAUGCACUUAGGACUCUCAACUCACAUUUAAUAUUAAUAACUAAUUUAAACUGUAGGUUUCUAAAGGGGAACCAAUGGAUGUUGAUGUCGGAAGCAUUGUGCUGUCUGGUGCCCAACGCGACAUGGCUCCUCCUCAGGUAUCUCCUAGAAGGGCUGAUCAUGUACCUGCACGACAACAGAGCACAUUACAGUCAACAGCAGCCAGUUCGCAUGGCUCGGCAGAGUGCACCCUUGUAUCACUGCUAUCACAACCAUCUGCUAAGGAUGAGAAGCAGUUGAGAAGGGGCAGUUUUUCUGACCAGGAACUACAACCAACCAAGGUGAUGCCAUGUAAUAAAGUUGAAGGGUUUGCUUGAAAAAUGAAUGACUAGUUUGCUAUGAAAUGUAAACUACUUCAAACAAGUUCUGUUGUUGCCCAUGGAACCUUAGUGCUGCUAUCAUUGAUGGAGCAGAAGGCCUAAAAAUCAUAGAAUCAUCCGUUUUUGUCUUUCCUAUAACUCAAGCAACUCAAGUGAAUCACUACCUAUUUCUUCAGGAAAAAGGCACAAGGCUUUUAAACAUCUGUCUUUGUUCUGCACUGGUUUGUUGAGUUUCAACAAAACAGAAACCUGUCCUUUUUUUUUGAAGUCAUUGGUAAACAAAUACAGUAAACCUCUACAAAGUGCCUACACUCAGGGAAGGGAAAAGUGGCGACUUACAUGUAAUAAAGGUUAUCACUUCAUAGACGUUCUGUAUAUAGUGAUUUAUUGACAAUUCUCUUUGUGGGGACUCUGUUAACUGGCCAGUAAAUAAUAUAAAAUGACUAAGUUUCUUACUUAACAACAAGUUUAUCUGCCAAAAUGGAGUUGCCUUAAUAGCAGAUCAUGGCCCCGUGGGUGUCCCUUUAAGCUGGGAUUGUUUGUGAUGUGGUUUUCUUUAUACUGAGUUUAUUCAUAUUUCAGGAGCCUGAACGUCGAUCCUCUGUGAGUGGUCAGGGGGCUCAAGCAGCCUCUUCACCAUCACAGGCAGCAGGAUCACAACAAACUUCAAACUCUCAAAAUUCUGACGGAAAGCAUUUUUUAGGUAUGUUGUUACUUUCAUUAUUAUUAUCAGUAUUUAAGCACAAAAAGUAACGUCAUAAACACAUGACGUUUCGGUGAUGACCGUGAUGUCACCAUUGUCAAAUGCAAAUGAACAGAAAGAAUAAACGAUUUAUAUAGAAAAUGACGUUGUGAAACAGUUCAUUAAAAAGUGAAGGAAAAACAAACUCAAAAACUUAUUUAAACCUCCAAAAAUCUAGAAGAGUGAGAUAUCUUUGCUGUAGGUAAAAUCGUUUUUCAGGUUAAACCUUUACCAGAAAUUUCUUUGUUGCCUAUCAAAUAACUAGGGCUGGAAAACAAAGGAAGUUUUGGAUACCUAGUAGCUCAGUGGUUAGAGCAUCCUACUAGAUCACGGAGGGUAGUGGGCUCGAAUCCCAACUGUGGCUCGGCUUUUUUCCGAGUUUCCAUUUGAUGCAAAAAACGUAUCAUGUUCUACUUCUACAAAAGACUCACUUGGUGGAUAGUUUACCUGAGAACGGAUUUUACCUACAACAUCUCUAGGAUGUUCUAAUGUUCCUUAUAAACAUGCUGUCAUGGUAGUUGUGUGUAUUGACGUUAAUGUUGGUUAUUCGUUAGGGGUUACUCCCUCCAUGGAGUCCACCAAAAAACUGGAUUCCAUGAGGGAGAUACAAGGAAAUAUAACACAAGUCUCGGCAACCGCACCAGCGGCAGCACCAUCUGUCAGCGCACCUACACUCUCUAAAUUACUGGCUGCUGAAACACCUGCUGCAGCAGCUGCUUCGUUAAAUGCUAUCACAUCUCAUGGGGGAGCCAUAACCAAGGUACACUCACCUCUCUCUUAAAGGGACUGUGUCACGGCUGUGUGGCUCAUUUAGUUUAUCAUGCCAAUUAGUAAAUGAUCGCUUAAGCGCCGUACCUUUACCCAAAAUAAUUUAAUAAGCGUGACUCUCGAAUAAACGCCGCGGCGCUAAUUUGGGUAUUUACGAACUAACGCCCCACCUUUGUUACGGUGCUUGAUAUAAAGAUAUAUCAAAACCAUAUCGCUUGAGAGAUAAGACCUUGACCAACUCGUGAGUUCUAAAGUUUUAAUGAAGGGAAACCCUUGAAACCGGGUUCAUAUAAUAGUUCGAGGUGUACGUAUUUUACAUUAAAUUGCGCAUACCUACUACGUGCCUCACUUACUUCUCUCUAUAUUCCCCUCAGUGUUUUACCCGUAGUUGAAAUAAGCGCCGCUCUCGUAUAAGCGCUGCGGCGCUUAAUCGAUCAUUUACGGUACGCUCCUUUAUUCUACAUGGAACUUAAGAGGUUACCUGUGAAUGGCAAAAUUACAGCUUCGUAUGUCUCCCAAGCAUUAUUAGCCUGAAUUUCAUCCGAUUACUUCGAGUCGUUAUUACUCCCUCAGUAACAUAAUUAUUCAUAAUUAUACAUAAUUAUGCGAAUGUUUAGACAAUCAACCAAUCAAAAUCACUACCCGGUUUUCGGGUAGUGAGUGACGUCACUGGACGGCAUUAACGGCCGGUCGAUUCAGACGUCGUUGAGAGGAGAAAAUGACUCGAAGCAAUCGGAUGAAUUUCAGGCUAAAGCAUUAUUGACUUUGAAAAACUGUUUGACUAACGAGUUUUCAAAAACCCCGAUUGCAAUCCGUUUCAAUCUUCUUUAAGUUCGUCCAUCAGUGCCUCCUUUUGUAUUCGCUCUGUCUGUGCGGUAAUUUUUCAUUUUUCACUCAGUUUGGAGGCAGUUAAUUCCUACUUUUGAAAUUUUUAUAAAUUUUGUGACACAGUUCCUUUAACGAUUUACGUCCCAAGUAAUAAACAUCAAUUUUCUCCUAAUAGUAUCAAUGAAUUACGGUCGUUUCGCUACAAAGUCGUUUCGAUGGAUCACAAAGACACCUUUUUGUAUUUAAACCUCCGCAGCAACAAUUUAGAAUGAACUACAAACGGUUAGUAACGAGUUAAGUUAGCAAGACUACUUUACAACUUUGAGGCGAAUCGACUUCAUUAUGCAGCGAAACGACUUGUAGCGAAACGACCAUACUCCAUAUCAGUACAUAACCAAGAGGAAAGGUUACAAGAAUAAGAGCACCAGUGGGAAAAUGCUUUGAUCUUUAAUUUACUUCUCUCCACUAAUUCUAAAAGGAAAUGUCUGAAAAUGGGUCUGUAGAAUCUGUAUAUGGAUAUUGGAGCAUACUUGAUUAACUCGCACCUCUAUAUGACGAAUUCCCCACUAGAACAGACACCAAGAGAGGGUUUCUACCUUAAUUCAAGCCUUUUCUUUGUCCCUCUAUUCUAUAAGACAGACAUCUCCUUAGAAUGGACCCUUGGUGCCAGUCACAAGGUCUUUCUUUCCAGAAAAUGUCUACAUGUAUAUAUUUUAAAAAAUAAAUACAAAUUUCCGGAUGGUUCAGUUACCCAACACAAAUUGUUUUCACUAUAAGUUUGAAAAGAGAGCCUUUUCAGACACAUUAAGAGUUCAUCACGUGUUCAGGAAAACAAUAUCAAAGAAUAUUUUUUCCAGACCACAGGAAGGGUAGAGGGCAGAGUUUUGGAGUCCACAGGGAACCCAGUGGACAGCGCUGUGUCUGUUAUUGGUGGAGGCAGAGGAUCCGCUGAAGGUAUACCCCAUGAUCAAUUGUAAAAGGAUGAUUACAUACGUGUGUAAAAAAUUGAAUUGUCUGUACUCUUAUUGUGAGUUCGGUACAUUUAUGAGAACUUGUGACGAACUUCAAAAGUAGAAAUUUGAUGCAAUCUGAUUUUAGUUUGAGUUUUUUAUGUUUGUUUGAUCUGUUGAACUUCGAAGUACCAAAUCUGUUAAGAAUAAACGAAAUCCAUGGCUCUAGCUCACUGGCAUUGAUUUGGCAUUUCAAUCUUAAGUCUGAAGUCCUAAACGGUUCAUAUAAUUUUCAAUUUUUAAGCUAUUGAAUUCAUUAUAUUACUUCUAAGCAACCUCAGAUCAGGCUGAAUUUUAGCAGUUCUCGUGAUCUCUCUCUUACGUGGCCCGCUGAAGUAAGAGAAAUUUAUACAGCCUGACGUCAGGCUAAUUUCUUUGAGAUCCGUUAUAAUAUGCCACUUAGGCACUGUUAUGAGUACCCUGCGAGCAGAGGAUACAUUUUCGCAGGGUACGUCCAGUUCAAACGUCGAACUUUUUAUGUACCCGAACUUAAUAGCUUUGUGGGUCGGCCCAAAUGAUACAAUUUCGACGGUUGAUUCAGACGUCGAGCUUGAUUAGUCAGACUGAAUUCAUUCUCACGAUGAGCAAUGGGCUACAAUGUUUACCGGUGAAAAUAAAGUACCGUAAAUUAUGCAUUAGAUUCGGUACAUGAAAAGUUCCACGUUUGAAACGAAGUCGCACCGAAGUCGAAUUACCAUUUGGGCCAGUCUAACGUAAUUCAUGGGUAGACUCAUAUUAGAUAUUUGAUUCAAACGUUGUCGAUCUUUUCAUGUAUUUAAUUGAAGAGAUAAGGUUCGGUACCUGAAAAGUUCGACGUUUGAGGUAGUCCUACGUUAUGAGCUGAGCCUAAGAUAAUUGUGCUUGUGUUACAAUAUUUUCACAGGCAGUCAAGCUGUUCUGACUGUGUCUACGUCCAUGCCAUCAAUCUCAGUCAAUCCUAAGGUAAUUGCAUACAGCUCUAUUUUUCUGUGCCUUUUCAAGUUUGUUUUGGUGUUGUGAUUUAGUUACUUUACAAAUUUCAUUCUCUCAACUUAGGUUGGCUUUCCUCGAGUGAACAAUAUUGUUGAAAAUGCACUUUGUCAUGCAAUUGCUGUGGCUGUGCAUCGCGAUUGCUUGAAAAAAGAUUCUUGCCACUUUCCUAACCAAUCACAAUUCAAUUUUAAAACGAGUCCUGACUUCCUAGCGAGCAUUUUCCCGCGCUUUCACGCCUCCAGCAGUGAUUUGAUUGAAUUGGUUGAAAGGUGCUUUGGCCGGCACAAAAACUGUACAUAAACCGCAAAGCUAACAUCUCAAACCCUUUUGGUUAUUAAUUAACUCAUUUUUUUGCUCAUUUGCUUUCUAGGCUGCUGCUCUCACAGCAACCCUCCCCUCCCCACUGGCAAUCACACCACCACCCACCACCCCUCCGGCAGACAGAAAGGUCAGUUGAACUGCAAACGUUCAAAAAUCAGGAAAAAUUAAUCAAACCGCUUUGCUUCAUGUGUUUUUUUUACGUUCUUUGCACAGGAAAUGAUUACCGAUAAGUUUGAACCAAAAGUGAAAAAUGCUGAGAAGAUAAGCGGUGCUGAAAUAACCAGUGUCAGUCUUGAAAACGAGGCCAACAGUGAACGGGAAAAUGUCGACCAGUCAGGGACUGUCCCUGAAGUAAGAGUGGAGACCACAGACACCCCAGUCACCUCUCCACGAGUGUCUAAACGAGCAUCCAAGCCUGGCAGACCUGGUAAGGAAAAAAAUCAAACGCGGCGCCACUUUACAAGUAACAAAUUUAACCUUUUCUCGCUUACUCGAGAAAUCCUUCUACCAAGUGAGCUCUUAGAGUAAAGUUGAAAUCUGAUUGGUUUCUUUAGAAAAUUACAUUAAAGGACCUUGACUUCUCUCAUUUUUUUUUGUUGCCACAGGGAGACCACCCAGAGCGGCGCGUAGAAAUCAGCGAAAUCGCAGCAAAUCGGCGACCUCCACGGUAAGUAUGGCCUUCGUCACUGCCGUAAAACUAUUCAUGAAAAAUCUAUUAUAACGUUACUUGUUAUAAAUUUCCGUUGCAGGACAAUGAAGGUGAUAUCGAAGAAGAACAUGAAGAGGUAGGGAUUAAUUUAACCUGGCAGAAAUCGGAGGGAAUGAGUCUCUUCUCAGUUUAUAGCUUGGUGGCUGGAGCUACCGACUGGGAUCUGCGAUGUCAUGGGUUCGAAUCCUUUGCUGAAUCAGUAUUUUUCUUCGUCUCCUAUUCCUGACAUUAUGAGCAUUGCACCGUUUACAGUUUUAGAAUUUUUCUCAGCCAAACUUUUUUUUCACUUUGUCACUUAAAUCGUUUCUAAGAGUGCUUCCUUUGAGAGAAUCCAAGAUAUGAUUCUUAAUCUCAGAAUCUCUGGAUUUGUUUCGACGAAAGUAACGAAGAAGCGUGACUGUAACAUAAGUGUUAACCGGCGAAAAACGUGGCCUCUGUAUUUCUUAAACCGCUUGCUUGUUGUUUUCGGAGAAAAGUUUGGAUUCUUUGGAUUCAAAAUCUAUGCUUGGAUCUUAGUAAAGAAAUUGAAAAUCAUUUUCAGAAUUCAUUCAUCCAGGUUUGGAUUUUCCUAAAGAAAUGCGCUCUAACUUAGGGGGUGUUUACAUGAGAAAACUCGCACCGGCGAGAGUCUCAUACCGAGAUGACUUUUUGAUUUCGUAUCGCGUUUACAUGAUGACUGGGUCAUUUCAUAUCUCGUUAUCUGAAGCUACACUUGAUGUUGAUAAAAUACACGUGUGAUUCAAAAUCACAAACAUUACGCAUGCAUUACGCAUGGGCAGACCGAUAUCACACCGAAACGGGUGGUCGUUUCGCGUUUACAUGAUACCGCUGCGAGAUUUCGUACCGGAGUGAAAUUCUCGCCCCGGUACAAGAACCGGGGUGAACUCACGUCGGGGUGACUCGCGCUGGCAUGACAUUUUGUGGUGGUAUCAUGUAAACAAAUAUAGAGCCAUGAGAGGGAACCGGAGUGAACUCGCUCUGGGGCGAAAGUCGCCCCGGUGUCAUGUAAACACCUUCUAAGGUGCCGCCAAUAUUCUUUUUUCCUCAAGGAAUCUAAAUUUGAGUCAGUAGAAGUGGAGUCAGAAAAAACCGAGGAAGAGGAAGACAAUGAAUCCAUUGUUGAAGAGAAGAAAGAAGAAAGUGAUGAGGAGAUGGAGCGAGAGAGCGGUGAGGAGGCUGUUUCGGACUCCGGGGACAGGAAUCAGUCGGAGAAGGAUGAACCUGUGACCACCAUGAAGGACUUCCUGAUGGAAAGGUCGGGGAUUGGGGGCUCCGAGUCGGUACCGGGAAGUCCUGCCUCUCAAGUAUCCCAGGGGUAAGUAAAUUAUUGCUUGAAAUACGCUUCUAAGGGCCUGUUUACAUGGAGGUGGGGGACCCCAGGUAGGUGAAGGAAUCCGUGGCGGGUCACCCCACCUAUCAUGUAAUCGUGAUCAAAUUAAAAUGAGAGAUUAUAUGGACAGGCGGGUUACCCCAUCUAAGCGGGUUACCUCACCUACCUGAGGUCCCCCACCUCCUUGUAAACAGGCCUUAAGUCACGUGGUGUUUUAUGGUGUUUUUCUUUAAUUAUAUCGAAAGAACUAGAGAAACACACGAUAAGUGAUGCCAUCAAUACUAGACCCGUGAGUGUGUGUGUUUUUUUUUAAUCUUUAUUUUUUGUAUUGUAUUAGAAGUAGCGAUGAACAAGAAGCUAUCCAAGCGCAGAAAACGUGGAAGAAGUCAAUCAUGCUGGUCUGGAGAGCUGCCGCUAAUCACAAGUAA